AUGGGGCAAUACAGUCGAAUCUUCUACUUCUUCCUCUUGUUUUUGAGUCUUAAGUUUUGUUCUUCGUCGUCAUUUUCCUCCUUUUCAGCUAACACAUCAAUGCAGAUGUGCUCCCAUUACGACAGACUUGCCUUGAUCGAAUUCAAAAACAGCUUUUCACUAGACAAUGAUGCUUCCUUAGAUUUUCCAACUUCUCAUCCCAAGACACAGUCAUGGAAGGAAGGCACGGAUUGUUGUUACUGGGAUGGUGUCACUUGUGAUACUGUGACUGGUCGAGUGAUUGGCCUCGACCUCAGUUGCAGUUUGCUCCAAGGCUCUCUAUAUCCCAACAGUAGCCUCUUUCGACUUUCACAUCUCAAGAAACUCAAUCUUGCUGAUAAUGAUUUUAGUGACUCGAAGAUAUCUCCCAAGUUUGGCCAGUUUAAGAGUUUGACACAUCUUAAUCUCUCCUAUAAUUCCUUUUUAGGUGAAGUUCCAUCUGAAAUCGCUCACCUCUCCAACCUCAUUUCUCUUGAUAUUUCUUUUAGUGGUCUAAGGAUUGAAGAUCUUCCCCUUCAAAGACUUGUGCAAAAUUGUUCUCUUCUGAAACAACUUUUCUUCGAGUUUGUGGACUUGUCAUCCAUCGAUACAAAUUCUUUGAUGAAUCUGUCAUCUUCUUUGACAGAUCUAAGACUCAAUCAAUGUCAAUUGCAAGGGAAGUUCCCAACCAACAUUCUUUACUUGCCGCGCCUACGUAUACUCGAUUUAUCAGAAAAUGAACACCUCAACAUUCAUUUGCCAAAGUCUAACUGGAGUAGUCCUCUCCAAGAACUGCAUUUUUAUAAUGUGCCUUUCAUAGGGGAGCUGCCUGAAUCAAUUGGUGAUUUGAAUUCCUUGAAGCAAUUGACUAUUGAAUCUUGUAAUUUCACAGGAUCAAUCCCAACGUCGAUUGGCAACCUACUGCAACUCACUCAUUUUCAAGGUGAUUUCAACAAUUUCAAUGGUAUGAUCUCAACCUCACUAACAAAUCUCUCGCAGCUAGAGGUGUUGUCGCUUCCAUACAAUAAACUGGUCGGUCCUAUUCCCAAUUUUUCAAAUCUAUCAAAAUUAGUUGAGCUACACUUAUAUUGGAACUCACUUAGUGGAACCAUACCAUCUGGUUUAUUAAACUUACCUUCGUUGCAUUCUUUGGAUCUUUCAGAAAAUCAAUUCACUGGUCCUAUAAAUGAAUUUCAAUCCCAAUCUCUUGAGCAACUUGUUUUGGGUGGUAACAAGCUGAAUGGUUCUGUUCCAAGUUCAAUCUUUAAUCUUGUUAACCUCGCAGCGCUUGAUCUGUCCUCUAAUAGCUUUAGCAGCACCUUGGAUGUAGUCAUGUUCUCAAAACUCCAACAUCUUCAUUACCUUAACCUUUCAGAUAGCAAUCUUUCAUUCAACAACACAGUUGCGAAUCACAUAUUUCCAAAUCUGCGCCGUUUGUAUCUCGCUUCAUGCAAUUUAACUGAAUUCCCCUACUUCUUAAGAGACUUAAAAGAUCUAUAUGACCUAGACCUUUCCAAUAAUAGACUCUUUGGGCAAGUUCCCGCAUGGAUGUUGGAAGUGGGGAUUGAUACACUAGGUUAUCUGAAUCUUGGCAACAACUUUUUGACUGGUAUAAAAGAACUUCCAUGGAAGUCUCUUUGGUUUCUUGACCUUCACUCUAACUUGCUCCAAGGAUUGCUACCAAUUCCAGUCAAAGUGGACAUCUACCUGAUCUCAAACAAUAAUUUGACAGGAGAGAUACCUUCUUUGAUUUGCAAUUAUACUAGUUUGGUAGAUCUUGACCUUUCAAACAAUAGCUUUUCCGGUGCUAUUCCAACAUGCUUUGGAAGCUUGAGCAGUCUUAACGUUCUUAAUCUGCAAAAGAAUACAUUCAGUGGCCGAAUUCCGGAAUUUUUUGACAAAGGGAGUACCUUGAUGUCUCUAAACCUCCACGGCAAUCAACUGGAAGGGCCUCUGCCAAGAUCAUUAGCGAAUUGCAAAAUGUUGGGAAUUCUAGACCUCGGCAACAACCGAAUAAAUGAUACGUUCCCUCAUUGGUUGAAAAAUCUCACACAACUACAACCAGAUCUUUUGAGAAUCUACAGGCCAUGA